CUGUACUGGGCACUGGUGAGGCCACAGCUUGAGUGCAGUGUCCAGUUCUGGGCCCCUCAGUUUAGGAAAGACCUUGAGACAUUUGAGCGUGUCCAGAAGAGGCAGCAAGGCUGGUGAGGGGCUUGGAACACAAGCCCUGUGAGGAAGGACUGAGGGAGAUGGGGUUGUUCAGCCUGGGAAAAAGGAGACUCAGGAGUGACCAUAUCACUCUCUACAACUCCCUGAAAGGUGGCUGUGCUCAGGUGGGGGUUGGUCUCUUUCUCCAAGCAGCACUGACAGAACAACAGGAAACAGUCUGACGCUGCACCAAGAGAAAUAUAGGCUAGAUAUUAGACAAAAGUAAUCAACUACUGGAAUCAUCUGCACAGGGAGAUGGUGGAGUCACCCCCCUUGGAUGCGUAUUAACACACUACUGGAUGUAGCACUCAAUGCCAUGGUUUAGCUGAGGUGUUAGGGCAUGGAUUGAACUUGAUGAUCUUGAAGGUCUCUUCCAACCCAGUGAUUCUGUAAUUCUGUGGAAUGAAAAGAAAUAAUUCAGCCUUGUCAGCAUUGCUUAAGACUGUGUUGGGGUUCUUGAGGAAGGCUACAUAUAUGGGGAAACACCUUUGGAGAAAAGGGGCUUGCUUUUUAAGGAAAGUGCUUCCCAAGGAGUCCCAGUGAGGUAGGUGCAAGUGUCCCACUUUGGGUCUCUGUGGUCCUUUCAGUCCUUGAGGCCCACUGCCCUUGGCAGAGGGGCAGGGGAAGGGAGAAGGUUGUGAAGAGCAGGUUUGGAAUUUGCCUGGACCUGCAGAGACCAAGCCAAGCACCUGCAGCAGGGUGUGUUACCCCUCUUUGGACAGAGGUGUGAGCAGGAGCAUCUCUGUGCAGCUGUGAGCCCCAAAUCUCUCUUUGAGAGCUGUGAAUUCAAAGGCCUUUACACACACGCUUUUCACAUCUUACCUGCCUGCUGUUUUUAAACUCUUGGCAAUCUGCAAUUGCCUCUUGCUUGGUGGAAGUUCCAAAGAGUCAGGGCCAGCACAGAGCUAGGCUGUGCGGGCUGGGCAAUGUGUAGAGUCUUGGCUGAUCUUGGCGUGUCCCUGGCCUCAGCAAAGGCUUGAAAGGGUUGCCUCCCGAGGCAUCCUGCUCAUUGACUCUUCCUGGGCGCCUUGAAGAGAACAAGGAAGGCAUUUCUGGCAGCUGGGCAUUAGCAGGCCUUCAAACGGGAGCGUGUUGUGGAGCAAGCUCAGCUGAGAUACCCUGAGAGGAACCAGCUCAGUGCUCCUCGCUCCUCUCUGCUGAACCCAGAUUGUUUAUCUGGCUUUGGGAUGACCCUGGCUCUGUCAGGAGGUGCUAUGUGGACACGAGACAGCUGCUCCUGUCCCACUGGGUCCCAGCACUGCCUCACAGCAGUCCGCAUGCACAUCGGGAUGCUGGCCAAGAGAAAUCCUGGAAGGUGAGGAGCUGAUUUUAAGCUUAUGCAGGUGCCUACGGUGUUGCCUCAGGGUACAGCAGUGUGAGGGCUCCCCCCAGAGCUGCCUGAUGCCGCCCACUCCUUGUGGCACCAGGUCCUAACCCUACCUCCCCCAAGAGUAAAGAGGGAUUUGGGAAAGAGCUUGCCAGGCUGCUCUCCAUCCUUUCCCAGCAGUCCUGGCCAAGUGCAGAAGUCAGAGCUGAGCGCCAAUGUGCGAAUGGAACAGCCAUGCGCAGGAAGAGUUGGUGGGAAGGAUGGUCCAGGAACCAGAGGCCUGGCAGGCUGAGCUUGCUGCCGGAGAAGGCCUUGGAGCAGAUCCUCCUGAAUGCCAUCCCACGGCACCUGCUGGGAACCAGGGGGGCUGCUGGAGGGUGGGAAAGCUCUGCAGAGGGAUGGGGACAGCUGGGGGUCCUGGCGGGCAGUUGAGGGCUUCUGUGGGGCUGUUUAGGGGGGUUGGUGUUGUUGGGCAUCUUGGGGAAGGAGUUGUCUGGAAGGUGAGAGGUCUGGCCUGGAAUUGGGAGUCAGCUUGAAGGCAGCAUCUGUGGUUUGGCACAGAUUUGGCUGUGGAGGGCAGAAGGAAUAGCUGUGAUUUUCCCUGUUAGUGCUCCUGAUUCUCCUGCAGGGAAGAAGAGGGGAGAGCUCUUUAUAAGCCACUUAGUUAUCUGUAGCAGGAGGAGGAUUAGCCAUUUGCAAUCUACUCAUUUGUUUGGGCUAAAUUUGGAACACUGAGUGGACUUUCGUUCCUUUCGAGCUUUUAUUCCUUCAUAGAAUUAGGAUGUUAUCACCUCUUCAUAGAAAACCAUUCGCAAAGCAAAGAAUGGCCCUUUUUAUGCCUCUGUGUAGUGUUGUUUUGUAAAGUGACUCUCAAAGGAAGACAUUAAGGUAAAUGAGUUGCUGCUUGGAGAUGGGAAGCAAAUUUCCAAAUUUCAAAUUCCAUUCUCAGGCCAUGCCAAUGAAUUUAGGAAGUUUGUAACUUUUUGGAGUUGAGCAAUUGGAAAGGAAAGCUUUCCUGAACUGAGAAUUCCUAAAUGCCCUAAGCCCACAGAGCAGGACAGUCUGCUGAUGGUUUGAGCCAUUCCUAACAUUCCUGUUGGGCUGUCUUAGACACUUGGGCCAAGGGAUUCCUUCCAAUCAGGACCACUUUGGAUGGGCUGAGGGUGUCCCCAGGGCAGGUGGCAGGGCAAGGGCCCGUUGUGAUGCAGUGCAUCAUGGUCACCGUGGCGUGGAACAGGAUGUGUGUUGACAUAGGAGCUGGUGGUGACAUGGCCACGCCACAGUACUCGGAGCACACAACGGGACAGGACGUACCAGAGCGGUGCUGUGAGGAGCCCCUGCACAGUGCGCUUGUUUGUGUCUGACAUGGAGCUUUUCCGAAGUGUUAUUCCUGCAGGAGGCCUUGAGACCAGAGUGAGGGAUUUGCUGACCACAAUGCUUGAUGAGGAGUCUCCUGUCCUUGUGGCAGCAGCCCUUGAGACCAGAUUGCAGGACCAGCUGUCCUGUAGUCUUCCCAGGACAUUAGUCUUGCAGGUUCCUUCCAGGCUCGACUGCAGGACUUGCUGACUUGGAGCUUUUCCGAGGCAUCUCUCGACAAGUAGCCAUCAGUCCAGUCACUGACAUGGAGCAGAGACCCCCAAGAGUGCCCAAGGUGACCUGGGGGAAGGAGGAGGAAGAAAGUCCUGGAGGUGCCCUAACACAGGAGACUGAAGAACUGGUGCCGUUCCAGCCAGCGCAGGAGGGUGCAGCCAUGGACUGGACACAAGAGCAGGAACCCACCAGUGGCCUUUUCCACAGAACACUGAAGGACAAGACCAGCACCAUGGGCACUGGAUCCAUGGAGAACUGUGACGUCUACAGCACCAACACCAGUGCUGCUCUGCUGGAUAUCCUUGUAGAAGAGGGUUUGCCCAAUCCAAAGCAAGAUGAUAGCCAGGUGCAGCUGGGUUCGAUGACUGACUUUCAAGAGAUGAUGGAUUUAUUAAUGGAAGAGGAAAGAAAGGCCCUGAAGUCACAUGUGUGCCAGAGCCUGUUCCCACUCUCUUUCCAAUGCCAUGAUGAGAAUCUGGGGGUGGCAGAGGCUUCUCGGGAAACACUGCUUUGUGCGGCCAAGUUCGUGAAAAGAAGGGAUAUUGAACAGAUGCUGCAGGUGGAUAAGACACGGAGGUUCGGCGAAGGACUGGAUACAUUGAUCAUCGAUACUUCGAACGCACUUGCGGCCCCGGGUUCGUCCUGGGGCUAUGCCUGUCUGAGCAUUGCUUGACGAUCAAUUGCUGUCCGGAGGCCACCCCGGUGUUUUACCUGUGCUACCUUCCAUGGGCACCCUUCCAGGUUUGCUCCCUGAAGAUCUGAUUUUACUCACCAUUGAGAUUUCCAGUGGUCCUUCCCUGUGGACACUUCACGGACCCCUCUGGUCUGCCACUCCACCACAGUCUCCGGAACCCAAUUGAUUGCCCGGCACCAGCCAGCACCAAGGGGAGCUGAUCACUGAAAGUGGGUGAGGCGCCUUCAGCUCUGCUUGCUGCCUGCGGUCCUGGACCAUGGAAAUAUCCUGGACAAGCCCCCAGAAUUGUCAGGAAAAUUAAUCCACAAACAUCAGAGGUUUAUCUCCAAAAAGGA